UGUGUCACAUGAGAAGUCUUUAGCAGGCACAAACACUUUGCUUUGCUAGUGUUUCAUGUAGCUAAUAACAGAGACAGGCAUAUGGCUACGUCUCUGCCAUUUCUUACAAGGCCUCCAAACAAAGUCUUCUCUUUUAUUGCUCUCUGUCCCCAACCCUUUAAAAUUCGAACGUUGGAUCCUCCUCCAUUUAGAUUUCCCGCCUCCACUCUCAAAUUCCUCGAAACCCAUUAUUCUUCAUCUCUCAAUUUAACAACCCACUUCAACAACAACAAGGAUGACUGCAAUGAAAGUACCUUCAAACCUGACAAAUUCUACGCGUCAUUAAUCGAUGAUUCGAUACACAAAACCCACUUGAACCAAAUCUAUGCUAAGUUAUUAGUAACGGGGUUGCAAUAUGGUGGUUUCUUGAUAGCCAAAUUGGUUAACAAGGCUUCGAAUAUAGGAGAAGUUAGCUGUGCACGUAAGUUGUUUGAUAAAUUUCCUGACCCAGACGUGUUUUUGUGGAAUGCGAUUGUUAGGUGUUAUUCUAGGCAUGGUUUCUUUGGUCAUGCUAUUGAAAUGUAUGCAAGAAUGCAAGUUGCGUGUGUUAGUCCUGAUGGGUUCAGUUUUCCUUGUGUUCUCAAAGCUUGCAGUGCUUUGCCGGCUCUUGAAAUGGGGAGGAGGGUACAUGGGCAGAUAUUUAGACAUGGGUUUGAAUCGGAUGUGUUUGUGCAGAACGGUCUUGUGGCAUUGUAUGCAAAAUGUGGAGAGAUUGUGCGAGCUAAUGCUGUUUUUGGUAGGCUAGUUGAUAGGACUAUUGUUUCUUGGACCUCGAUUAUUUCUGGGUAUGCGCAGAAUGGACAGCCUAUUGAAGCCUUGCGGAUUUUUAGUGAAAUGAGGAAAACAAAUGUGAGACCAGAUUGGAUAGCGCUUGUGAGCGUUCUUAGAGCAUAUACAGAUGUAGAGGAUUUGGAACAUGGGAAAUCUAUUCAUGGUUGCGUGAUUAAAAUGGGACUUGAAUGUGAAUUUGAUUUGCUCAUUUCUCUUACCUCUUUGUAUGCAAAAUGUGGGCACGUUAUGGUUGCUAGAUUAUUUUUUAACCAGGUGGAGAACCCAAGUUUGAUAUUUUGGAAUGCAAUGAUUUCUGGUUAUGUGAAAAAUGGGUAUGCCGAGGAAGCUAUUGAACUGUUCCGUCUAAUGAAAAGUAAAAAUAUAAGACCAGAUUCUAUUACUGUGACUUCUAGCAUUGCAGCUUGUGCACAAAUAGGUUCUCUUGAAUUAGCAAGAUGGAUGGAUGAGUAUAUCAGCACGAGUGAGUUUACAAAUGACGUGAUUGUCAAUACUUCCCUCAUUGACACGUAUGCAAAAUGUGGAAGUGUAGAUAUGGCUCGCUUUGUUUUUGACAGAAUACCAGAUAAAGAUGUUGUUGUGUGGAGUGCGAUGAUGGUGGGAUAUGGAUUACAUGGGCAAGGUCGGGAAUCUAUCAUUCUUUUUCAUGCAAUGAGGCAAGCUGGGGUGUCCCCAAAUGAUGUCACCUUUGUUGGGCUCCUCACAGCAUGCAAAAAUUCAGGUCUUGUAGAAGAAGGUUGGGACCUCUUCCACCGCAUGAGAGAUUAUGGGAUUGAACCAAGGCACCAACAUUAUGCAUGUGUGGUGGAUCUUCUUGGGCGUGCAGGCCAUUUAGAUCGAGCUUAUAAUUUUGUCAUGAACAUGCCAAUUGAACCAGGUGUAAGUGUGUGGGGAGCCCUUUUGAGUGCAUGCAAGAUCCAUCGCCAUGUGACACUAGGGGAGUAUGCAGCUGAACAACUUUUCUCAUUAGAUCCAUACAACACGGGGCAUUAUGUUCAGCUGUCAAACCUCUAUGCUUCUUCUCGCUUAUGGGAUUGUGUUGCAAAGGUACGGGUGUUAAUGAGGGAGAAAGGACUCACUAAGCACCUUGGUUAUAGUGUGAUUGAGAUCAAUGGAAAGCUCCAGGCAUUUCAGGCUGGAGAUAAGACGCAUCCAAGAUCCAAAGAGAUUUUUGAGGAAGUUGAGGAUUUAGAGAGAAGAUUAAAGGAAGCUGGAUUUGUCCCCCAUACAGAAUCUGUCCUGCAUGAUUUGAAUUAUGAGGAAACAGAGGAGACACUUUGUAAUCAUAGUGAGAGACUAGCGAUUGCUUAUGGCCUCAUCAGUACCCCCCCUGGAACAACCCUUAGGAUAACAAAGAAUCUUCGGGCAUGCGACAACUGUCAUGCUGCAAUCAAGCUCAUCUCAAAGCUGGUAAGUAGGGAGAUAGUUGUCAGGGAUGCAAGUCGUUUCCAUCAUUUUAAGGAUGGAGCUUGUUCCUGUGGAGAUUAUUGGUGACAAGAAUGGUUAAAUCUUGAGCUUAUCCCAGAAGCUUGACUGUCUGGGAAGGUGGUUCCCACUUAUGCUCCAUUUGACCGAUAAUCACAGUGUCAAAUCCCCAAAAUUCAAAGUUGCCACCACUCUCUUCCACCCUAUGUGGAACUGUGUUUGUCUGAUGCUAUGUAGCAAAAGAAAGGGCGACAAGAAAUCAAUUCAACUCUCUGCCAAAAAGAAGUGUUUUCACAAGGUGCAGCCACACGCAGAUGAAUCGAGCUCCUAUAUUCAGUAUUUGCACGUAGGAAAUCCAGUAUUUAAGGCUAAUAAGACCUGGAGGGUUGGUAAAUUCUCUGGGUUGGGUGCUCAUGGUGGGAGGUACUGGUACUUGGAAAAGUGGAUGACAUGAUAACAAGAAAUAAGGAGCGGCGGCAGGGAAAUAAAGUUCCAAAGAGAUCUUGUAACUUUGCUUCAUUUGGCUUCUAUGAGUGUUUCCCUACUCGUAUGCUUCAAGUUUUUUGACUUGGAUCUCUAAGAAGUUCAGUGGUCGAGGAAAGAGGAGGGAAAUUAAGAGUUUACUGAGGGAGUAUAGGCUUGGUUUUCAAACUGUCUCUAUGAUAUGAUUCAAAGCUUGUGGUGGUUGUUGCUUAACUUACAAAAUAGAUAUGGGGUCGGCAAAAUAGAGAGUGGAGGGCUAUUCUUGUUUGCGGCUUGCCUGGGGGUGUUACAUGCAUACAGAGUUCGUUUGAUGUGUGGCGGUGGCGGUGGCGGGGGCGGUCUUAGACCCCGAUGGAGAGAAGGGCAGUAUGAUUAUUGUAUUAAAGGCUCUCUUUCUUAAUUAAGAGAGAUUCCUCAAUAAUGUUUUUCUUUUUAUAUUUAUAACAGAAAAAGUAGUCAUAUGGGAAUCAGACACAUUCAUAUAAGGGGAAACAACCUUUUUUGUGAUUAUGUGGUUUAAUUAUUGAAACCACGUUUUCUUUGAGGUAUCUAUUAAUAAAUUUAGGAGUGAUAAUUUAACCUUAAA